AUGUCCUCCAUUAAUCAAACAGAGCGCCCCAGCGUGGACAAGCCGUGGCUCCCUCUAGGACAAGACGGUUUCUCAAAUGAGAAGACGGCAACGGCAACAUGCUACUGCGGUAGUGUCCAGCUUGAAUUUGUGAGUAUCAACAUUACCACUGGAUGGAAUGCGCCCCCGCUGAUACCAUCUUACACCCUGGAUAAACAGCCAGUCGAGGGCGAUGACAUGGUCGACUCGUUCAUUUGCAACUGCACCGACUGCCGCAAGAUCACGGCCUCCGUCUUUGCCUCCAAUCUCAUCAUCCGGGACCGAGGAAUCAAGCAUCUGCGCGGCCGGGACAAGCUCACCGAGUUUGGCCAAAACCGCACCAUUGUCACGGGCAACACCAUGACCAAUUACUUUUGUUCCGUCUGCGGUACGCUCAUGUAUCGCAUUAGCAGCGCCUCGCCGGAUAAGAAAAUCAUGAGGCUCGGUACCGUGGACGACUUUAACCUGCACGAGACCAAGCUCAAGCCAAGGAUUGAGCAGUUUUGCAAAGACCGGGUUGCUUGGUUUAGUGGCGGUGACGGCGUGAAGCAAUAUGACGGGAAUUAUUAUGGCGGAUCGUCCAAGAAGGCUUCUGUAUAG